CCCCCCCCGCCAAGAUGGCGCUGUGCAGGAUGGGCCGGUGCGGGGCGGAGCGGCUGUGGGGUCCCGUUCCGCCCCUCCUGGCGGCGCUGAGGCCCCCCCCGGUGCUCUCCCUGCCCACCAAGGCGAGCUCCCGCUGGGCUCUGGGCGCUCGGUGGCUCCGCAGCCGCUAUGAACGUUUCCUGAAGCACAGAUUCCCCCGCCUCUACGCUCUGCACUCUGCCUUCACUGCAGGGCUCGAGUCGCUGCUGGCCGACGCCAGGGAGGUGCGACGGAUCCGACAGGCGAUGGCCCGGCAGGGGCUGAGCGCCACACAGCUGAACUACAGGGACAUGGAGCGGCUGCGGCAGUUCCGCAGGGAUGUCCUCAAGGCCUCCCCCGUCGCUCUCAUCGCCAUUCCGCCCUUCGCCAACUUCCUGGUCCUGCUGCUGAUGUACUUCUUCCCACGGCAGCUCCUGAUCCGCCACUUCUGGACGCCGCAGCAGCAGCAGGAGUUCAGUGAGGAGUACCACAGCGCCCGCCGCGCCGCCUACCCUGCAGUGCUCAGCUGCCUGGACGCGGCUGCACGGUCCCUGCCUCAGCAACAGCUGCAGUGCCGCCUGCGGGAGCUCUGCGUCGAGGUGCAGCGCGGCCGCCAUCCCCUCGUGGCUGAGCUCUGUGCCGUGCAGCCGCUCUUCUCAGGUCCGGCGCUGCGCCUGGCGGAGCUGCGGGGAGCCCACGUGCGGGCGCUGAGCCGCGUGCUGUUCCUGACUCCUCUGCUGCCCGCCAUCCUGGUGCGGCGCCGCCUGCAUUCCCACCUCCUGGAGAUCCGGCACCUGGACCGCGCGCUGGCUCGCCUGGGCCUGGCACAGCUCUCCGAGGAGGAGCUCAGAGCGGCUUGUUACCUGCGGGGCCUGAACCCCGCGCGGCUGAGCACAGCGCAGUGCAGAGCCUGGCUGGAGCAGUGGCUGAGGCUGUCCUGUGUGCUGCAAGCCUCCGAGGCGUCCCUGCUGGCCAACAGCAUGGUGCUGCUGUCCCUCAACUACGCAGGAGCGAAGCAAUGAGCGGCGCUGAUCGUCUGCUGUGGCGCUGCUCUGUGCCCCCCACCCCUGGGGGGGUCAGCAGGAGCAGGACGGGAGGCACUGAAGAGUGGAGGAUGGCAGCCCUGCGUCCCUGCACCCCGUCAGGGCGAUGCCCUGCGCCUCUGUCCGUUCCCCCAUGGCUGCUGCAGCACUUUACAUGUUUAUUGUGGGGGGAACGGGCGUCCCCCCACCCCGCGACCCCCCCAGCAGGGACUGGGCUCAGCUCUGCGCAUCGCUGCUCCUCACAGAGGGUUUGGGGCUGGUUGAGGGGACCCUGUGCUCCGCUCUGUGUGGGAUCCAGGGGGUCACCGCUGCACUGGGGGGGGAGGGCGGGUACAAAUGUCCCCAUUCAGGAUGUGGGGCCAACGUGGUGUUGAGUUCUGUGCUGGUGUCACCGAGUUCUGCGUUGUGUCACUGAGUUGGACGUGGUCUCAUCGAGUUCUGUACUGAUGUCAUUGAGUUAGAUGUGGUGUCAUCGAGUUCUGCAUUGGUGUUGAGUUUUCAUGUGAUGUCACCGGGUUUUGACUUGAUGUCACUGAGUUCUGCAUUUACCAUCGAGUUCUGUUCUGGUGUUGCUGAGCUCUUUUGGUGUUGCUGAGUUUUGACGUGACAUCAUCAGUUCUGCUUUGGCAUUGCUGAGUUUCUGCAUUGAUGUCAUUGAAUUUGGACUUGAUGUCCAGUCCCACAUCAGCACUGAGUUUUGAUGUCCUCAAGUCCUGCAGUGGCGUUGAGUUCUUGGGGUCGUUGAGUUUUGCCUCGACAUCACUGGGUUUUGCACUGGUGCCAUUUUCUGCCUGCAGUCAUCAAGAUUUGCCCUGAUGCCAUCGAGUUCCACAUUGGUGUCGUUGAGUUUUGAUGUGAUGCCAUCACGUUUCCAGCAGUAGAUUUCUCUGUUGGUUCCAUCGAGUUCUGCACUGGGGUCACUGAGUUCUGGAUGGACCCCAUCGAGCUCUGACUCUGAACUCAGUUCUGCGUUGGUGUCGUUGAGUUUUGGUCGCGUUUGGUGCAGCGCUGUUGAGCUCUGCCCCUCUGCUCGUUAAGCUGUGCCUCGUUAAGCUCCGUGCUGCUCUGCAAGGAGUGGAGCAGCAGUGUGGCUCGGCCUGUUGUGUGACACCACCGCUGGAGCGCCCCAUCCUCAGCCCCAUCUCAACCCCAUCCCACCCCAUCACCAUUCCACUCCCACCCCCAUCCUAUUCCAUUCCCAGCCCCAUUUCAUCCCUAUCCCACCCACAACCCCAUCCCAUCCCCAUUUCAUCCCAUCACCACCCCCAUUCUAUUCCAUCCCCUUUCCAUCCCCUUUCCAUUCCAUCCCUAUCCCAUUUCACCCACAACCCCAUCCCCUCCCAUCCCUAUUCCAUCCCCCACCCCCAUCCCA